UGAUUCACUUCUGAAUCUAUCAACUCAUGAGACUAAAAACGGUUCACACUAUCAACAACAACUUUUAGAAGCUAAAGCUUAUGCCAAGCUUAUGCAAGAGAGGAGUGGGGCAGAUCUGCAAAACAGCCGCUUACGCUUCCAGCAGGAGUUGGAAGAGACACAACGUCUCCUGGGAGAGCAACAACUGAAUAGUUUACAGGAAUUCCGACAUGAAAUUGACCAGCUUUAUCAGUCUGAAAGCUUAUCAAGUCUUGACAGCUUAGAAACUGUGGAGCAAAACACUGCACACCAAACUGAACCAAAUGAAUCACAUUCUCCCAAUGUUCAGAAUCAUCAUACUUCUAAUAAUACAAUGAAGCCACAUCCACCUGUAAACCAUUCUUUUAACUCUUUUAGAAGAGAUUUUUAUCCUCUCAAAAAAACACACACAAGUUCCUGGAUCAACAAUUUGGAUAGUAGCAAAACUUCUGUCUCUUCAGCGGUUGCAAAAACAAAUGAAACUGAAGCUCCAACUACAAACGAAGAUUUGAGUGAUAAGCUACAUACAUUAGCUUCUGCGAACAUUAAAUCUGAAUGUUUUGACUCAAGUUCUCUUUUUUCUGUUGAAAGAUAUCAAAAUGAAUGCUCAACCAAAUUUUACAAUAAAAAUCAACGUAAGAUUGUAGAAAAUAACUCCCACUCGAUAGAAAGUCAACCAACAUCCCUACCUUCUUCUAAAAGUUCCUUUGGCCACAUCGAUCAUUCAGCAACAAGGCUUUGCAGUGCCUGGUCUACACCAGAUCCAACACCUAGGGAAGCAACACAAGUUUCAGAUGUGAAUGACAGAUUAGAAUCUGUGCAACAAAAUGAACCUGCAACAUUGCAUUCUUUGAAACUGCCUUUAGCAACACCCUUCUUUUUAACCUUUAGUCCAAAGUCCCAACUGUUCAGUGACAGAACGAAAACGGACAGUAUUAAAGGGAGUCAGAAGAUAGUCCAACAAAACCAUCUCCUGGCAUGCAUUGGUGCAGCUAAUCAAAUGAACCAAAAUGCUGACAAUUCCAGUAAAAGUGAAGACAUUUCUCCCAACAAAUAUAACCUGAGCAUCAAAAGUAGACAUGACUCUGAAGGAGCUAGUCAGAAACUUGAGUCUUCUCAAGUAAAAUUUAAUUCUUCAGGACCUGAUUCUGAAAAAAACGUGACAGGAGGAAAAGAAAAUAAACUAGCAGCACAUUCGGCAGUGUCUACUACAAGAUUAAAAGGCAACAAAAAAUAUUUCUAUGAAAAGAGUAAUUUCUCCCUACUGAAGGGAAUACUAAAGAAAGUAUCAAAGUAUGAAAAUUGUUAUCCCAAAUCUUUACUGUCUGCAACUGGUGUACUUGGGAUUCAAAUGGCAUCCUCUAUCAGGGACAGUGUGGAGCUGAUAAAAUUGAAAGAAGCAGAAUCUGUCAAAAAUCCAACAAAGAAAAAGUUAAGAUGGUAUGAUGAGAUUGAACAAACCAAUCAAUUUACAAAGGAAUCAAAUGAAGAUACUGGAAAAGUACUGGAAGACGAGAUAGAUGAUGAAUAUUCAGGAUCAACUAGUCAGAGUCAAUUACAGUCACCUUGUUUGGAAAGUAAUGUCAGUUUCUCCAAUGGUAAUUCAAUUGUGGAUAGGGAUAAAGAAUCAAAAUGGACCACAUUAAAAACCAGUCACAAGACUGCUGUAGAUUGCAGCCUUUCUGGACACCAGCAGACUGAAACCAGGGGAGCAAUCACAGUGACAGAUCCUGUCAUUUUAGAAGCAGCUUCUUUGACCAAUGGAAUAACACCAGCUGUACCGCCUCAGUAUCAUUUAACUAAACAAGCCUGGGCAGCUACAAGAACUAGAAACAUAGACCAGAAAAUAACUGAGAAACCCAUGGUAAGGAAAGGACAUACCAAAGUGAUUAAAAGAACCCAUUCUGCUAAAAUGUAUUUUUGUAGAGGAGGCAACUGCAGGAAAGGGACCAUAAUCAGGCCCCAGUCAGCUAGUGAAGCAAUGAAAUCUCAGGGUAAAAUGUUGGUACCAUAUCCUCCACCCAGAACUGCUAUUGACAGCAAACAAUGUCAAAGAUCAACAGGCAGUUUCAACACCAGUUGUCAGUCACAAGUGCAGCCUGCUAAUGUCAUUGACAAUUCUUCCACCAAAUCAAAGGAAUUUAUACCAGACGUUCAUUAUACUUCUAGUGAAGAUAAUGCAGAUAAGACUGCAGUCUCACACCUUUGGCCUCAGAGAGAUUUUUCAAAUAAGGCAACUGUUACCAUCACUACACUUCCUUCAUCCUAUUUAGUGUCCCCAUAUGCAACUGUUACUAAAGCAACCUAUUCAGUAAAUACUACCAAGUCUGUGCUUCAGCAAGAUGAUGUAAGUAAUGACACCAAACAAGACCCUAAAUGUGGAGAGAACAGAUUGCGUUUGGAUUGCACACCAACUGAUGAAGAAGUUGCACUGCUUUGGCACAGAGUGCACAGUGACUCGGCACAAAAGGAUGCAACAAAUGGUUACUCUCGAAACUACUUAUCAUCUCGGAACAAUGGGCAUAAAACAAAUUUGCAACCUCAUCAAACGAAUGUUUCCCAAUUGAAUAUUGAUGGAGGCAACUUACUGAGUGGUGUGCGAUCAGUUUCCAGACUAGGCCGAUUACUUUCUGCUCCUUCAGGUGCAUUUGUUGGAAGAAAUUUCCCCAUGGAUACACAUAGCAAUGGAAUAAAACAUCGAGCUCUUCUUCAGCAGAGAAGAAUGAAUAUUGGUUUAACCACACAUAAAUCUGAUCAAAUAAGACAGAACAUCCAGAUUAGUCCAUUUCCAAGUACUUUUGAUCCAGUCCUAACAAUAAAUGCUGCUCAAAACACUGAAGAAGCAGUUUCACAAAGCACUGAACAAUUUAUGCUGGCAGAAAACAUGGUGGAAACAUCUGCUCUAGACAGUGACAUCCUUUCGGCGAUGGAGAAAAUAGAGACUCAACGAUACAGUUUUCUUCAAAACAAAGUUCAACAAUUAGGUCUCAGUGCACUAUCAUUUGAAGAACAACAGCUCCUUCAGUCAUUAGACCGUCUCAAUCAAAGAUUGCAGUAUAUCAAAGAAAUAGUCCAGACAAGUCCAUCGAAUGGCCUGCUACAAAUUUCAUCUCCUUUUGUCAUAUCAAAUGGUGUUUCCAGCUCAAGUACCAAACCAGGACAAGCUCUUUGUGGCACACAGAAGGAUCGGAGCCUUACUCCUGAUAAUUACGGACAAUUUCAAAGAAAAUACUGAAGAAACAAGACCAGCUGAUGACCAUGAAAUUCUACUUCCAACUUAUUGUAUAGUGUGGACUUUAUUUUGAGGUGAAAACUUUGAAAAAAUUUUUUUAGGUUUACAAUGCACUUUAGCUCAAACCAAUUUCACUUUUCGAAAGUUAUUACCUCAAUGACUAAAGGUAGUAAAGUUAACUUUGUUAACUUUUAACUACCGUAAGAACAUGAAAACUAAGAGCAGGAAUAAGCAAAGCUCUGUCGUUUUAAUACAAUCGUGGUUGAUCUCACCUUAGCUUCAACUUCACAUUUCUGCCCGUUCUAAUUAACCCUUCAACUCAUUAUUAAUACUAAGAACUAGAAGUGUCUACUAUCAUAUUUCUCUGUAUCCCCAUUGAAAAUAUCAACUAAAAGGUGUCUGAAAAAUCUAUCUGAUCAAUAAGACAGUAAAAUAUUUUCUUAUAUGUAGUUCCUUCUGUGUUUGUUCCUCAGGUUAGGCAGAGGACAGGAAAUAAUUUUCACAUGUGACUUAAGGAUAAUGCAGACUUUGUUUUUCUUGCACAAGUACAAUGAUUAGUUUAAAUAUAGUAUCAUAAAUGAAGAACUGAUAGACAUAAUUGUGGCUAUUCCAAAAGAAACAAUAAGGAGUGAGGAUCUUGCAAACAGUUUCCAACUUGCAGAGAUUGUCACAGUCUCACUUACAUUUGUUUCCUUGACUGAUCAAAUUAGUAACUAGUAAACAUAGUCAUAGCCUUGAGAAAAUAAGAACAAAAUCGUAUAGAGAUUUGGUGUUCAGAAUUAUGUGCAACAUUGCAUAUUAAAUUUGAUCCAAGCAAGGCGAUUUGUCCAUUUGAUCAAUUACCUUAUUCAUUCCUCUCUAAGAAACUUAACACUUCUGGCACCCUCUCACAGAUCAACAACAAAACCUUAUCGUCCUGACACUAGCAUCAAAAUACAUAGUGGACUAUAAUUUGCUAUGCAGGUGAUGUCAGCCACUUGUUAGACUUGUUCCUGGAUGUUUAGGUUUUUAAAUUUUUCAUAGGGCAUCAGACAGAUUGAAUGGAAGUAACUAACAUUUAAAAACAAUCUUAAACAUAGACUGUUUAGUCUAACAAGAUCUAACUUUCUGCAGAUGUGUUUAGUUUGCAUUUAUCAUGGAAAUAUUUCAGCCUCAUACUAUUCUAUGCAUUUCAACAGUGAAGCAGAGAACAAGCUACUGUUUAUGUAGAGCUAAAGGCUUUGCAGACAACGACGCUUGGAUAUUUGAACUUAACAACACAUUUGCCUCUUGUAUGAAAUUGCUAUACUGCUGUGGAUAAAUAACAUUGAGAGUUAUCAACUUCCCUGUUAUCUUACUAACUGGUGUGACCAGUGACCAUGAAGAUGUUUCGGAAUUUGCAAAUAAUAUUUUUCCAACAAUUUUGUCUCCAGUUUUUGCUUACUUCAGUAGAUGCUAUAAAUGCUGGCUGCAUUGAAAUUCAGUGAGCACAAGUUGCCUUCCUGUAUCUCAUCAAUGUGAUCUAUGCUUAUUUACAAACCAUGUGAGGGAGUUAGUGUUAACAUGUGAGCAUUAUGGGACCAUCAUAUUGAACCAUUGUUCUUAUCUGAUACCAAACGUUGAUAUUUCCAAUACAAUUACUGAAUAGCAAUCAGGUUGGGAAACUGGAGAUGACAGUCCAUUCAAAGACAUGAAAGCCAAUUGAGUAAUACAGAGAAGCUGUUUUUAAAAGGGAUUUUUUUUUACUCUGGUUGGUAUCUGUUUGAAACACUUUAUAAUGCUAAUUGUUCUGUUGGAAAGAAAAUAAUGGUUAUUAAUCAUAGUUUUGAGAGACAACAAUCUCUUCUAAUAGGUUUUGAUUUUUUUUUCUUGCAAAUAAUAUACAAUAAGGAAUGACUGUUGACAUUGACAUCUGGAUGAAUCAGAAAUAUUGCUAGGAAAAAUUGCAAACUUUUUAGCUUUAAUUUUGGAAAAAAGCACAUGGAGGUUGAAUAACAUGACUGCAGAUUCUUUUCCCUGUCCUUGUCCUGACACCUGUGUCUUUUUGUGUGGUGUAUCUCUCUCUCUCUCUCUAUCUUUCUCAUGUUCUUUCUCUUUCUCUCUCUCACUCUCACUUUCUAUCUCUCUUUCAAUCUCUCUCUCUCUCUCUGUCAGUAUAAAACUAUCAAGAACUGCCAUAUGCAAUAUCAAUGGUUGUUCAAAAUAGUAAAACGAAGUUAAAUUCAAAUAGCUGGUUCUCUCCUGUGAUCACAAACACUCCAAAAUCUUUGAACUGUAAACCUAGCAGCAACAAAGAAAUAAUUACCUUGACAUACUAGAAACUAAUUCAAAAGUUUUUUGGCUGAUAGAAUGGUGUACUAAAGAGUAAAAGUCUCUGAAAUAUAUUUUGUGAAACAGGCUAAUAUGUGCAUUCAUGAAAAAGUUUAAUUUUUAUAAUCACACACUGAAAUUAAAUAUAUCCUUCAAUAUGCUUUGUUAAAAAAGACUUCUAUUUUAUUAUAGAUGUAACCAUUAUAGUUGAAUAUUGUGGCACAGCCAAAAACAUCAAAUUUACAUGUACAUGCAUAUUGAAACAUGUAAGCUUGGAUUUAUUUUGUUACAACGUUGUAGUAAGAAUCAAAAUAUUGAUCCUGCUUACCAGAUUUUGAAUGAUCAAAUUUGUGUUAUGAUUGUAACCUCAUUUCUAGUGUACUUUGUAAUAUAUUUGCUAAAUUAUACAAACUCUGUUUUGAAUAUUAAUUGAUAUGUGAUUGCUGUUUAAUUUUUGAUAUUUUGUCUAAUUUUAAACGUAUUUUCCUUAAUAUUGCAACUUCUAUCAAAUUGUGUAAUUCCUUCUUGUAACUACAACCUAACAAUCCACUAACUCAUCCCCCGUAUUGUAG